AUGUUUCUGGUGUGGUGGCAACACAGGGUCAAGUCAUCGGCCGACAUUCCCCAACAGCAGUGGGACGAGACCAAGAAGGGCGUGGCGCGCGCACUCAUCGAGGCCACGGUCAAGCACAAGGUGAGCCUGCCGAGCGAGAUCAUCCACCACAUCCUCAAGCUGGCCAAGUGGGGCUUCACGUGGGAGGAGGCCAAGGCGCACCGUGAGAAGCUCAUGUGGGAGCGCAAGUAUUAUGUGACAGCAACCAACGAGAUCUGGGAGCGCAACUUUAGCUUCUGUGAGCACUAA